AUGAGCGCUCCAGAUACAGACUCUGAAGAGGUGCAAGCUGGUCCGUCCACGCCUUCUCGCCGCACACCAUCACCUACCUCAUCGCUCUCUAAGAUUGACGCAACAACACCUCACGAUGCUGGAAAGACCUCCACACCCGCGGGCGUGACGCAAUAUCAAGAUGCUCGAGCUCAACACCAGCACCUCGUGACGCCCGCCGUCCAAGAAUACCCAGAUACACCUCUAGCUCCAGCUCCUAAUCCAGCCGCCAAGGAUCUUCCAUUAGAGACGCCAAUAUCGUCCAAAACCCCUACCUCUGGUCCAAAGGCCAACAACAACAACAUCCAUACAGACGUCGACGUUUCUCAAUUCGACCCGUUCGCGACCCAAUCCCAAUCUACAACACCUCGACAACCGUCAGCUAGUACAUCCUCACGUAUUCCCGCUCCGGCUACCCCCAGUACUCCGCCUCCUAGAGGCUCUGCUACACUCUUCGGAGGCUCUGGGUCGGUGCCCGUGACACCCGCUACACCUGGCUCUACCCAAUCUACUUCAGAACCGAGUUUCAACUUUUCUGGAUUCCUAAAGGAUCUACGAACCAAACCCGCGGAGCCAGUCGCUCGAUACCUCAAGAGCUUCUUGUCCAAUUUUGCCAAGAAGACGUUUACUGUCAAUGAACAGGUUAAAUUGAUACAUGACUUCUUGAGCUUCAUCUCUGACAAGAUGGGCCGAUGUGAGCCUUGGCAAUCGCAAUCCACCGCCCAUUUCGAAAAUGCCAUCGAGGCAAUGGAGAAACUCGUCAUGAACAGGCUGUAUACCUACACAUUUACGCCUCAACUGUCUACGGCUGGACCCAUCACGACCGACGAUCUGGAACGGGACGAGGUGUUUGCUCAGCGUGUCAGACUAUUCAGUUGGGUCAGGGAGAAACAUCUCGAUGUACCGGAUGGCGAGGCCAGUGUAGGAUUUCUAGGCUUCGCAGAGCAGGAGCUACUCAAAAUCAAUCACUACAAAGCCCCAAGAGAUAAGAUGAUCUGUAUCUUGAAUUGCUGUAAAGUCAUCUUCGGACUCAUACGACAUACCAACGGAGCCGAAUCCACCUCUGCGGACGCUUUCAUUCCCAUCUUGAUCUUUGUGGUUCUUCGGGCAAACCCGGAGCAUGUGUGGUCCAACAUAGAGUACAUCAAUCGAUUCCGGAGACCCGAAAAACUACAGGGGGAAGGAGGCUAUUAUCUGUCGAGUCUUACCGGCGCCAUUCAAUUCAUCGAGUCAAUGGAUGCUUCGAGUCUAAGCAAUAUCACUCAAGAAGAAUUCGAGGCCAACGUCGAGAACGCUAUCCAAGAUUUCGUACCCUCUCCCACAUCCGAACGAGCAAGACGUCCAACACCAAGUGAAAUGUCCCCCUUUGCACCCUCAACGCCUGGCGAAGAAGCAGCUCGACCAUUGGCUCUACCGUCCGUCGACAACGCCAGACGAUUCUUCCAACGAACAGGAUCACAAGUCCAGGAGGCCGUCAGCAGACCGCUGAAUGCCAUUGGGAAGAUCUUCGACCCCACGCAACAGGAAGACGAUGGAGAAGGACCGUACGCUUCGUCCUCCAACAACACACUUCAGACCCCUCGAAGGGAUGCAAGGGAAAGGAGACCAGGUACUCCGGAUUCUCCCUGGGCUAGAUUCGCAGCUAUGGGUUUGACAGAUUCUCAGCCUGCGUCAGGCGCAGAUACACCCACUCGAGACGUACCCAUUCCAGACUUCUCAUCCGAUCAACUUCAAUCCACCCUGGACAUGUCACAAGAAGUGUACGAACAGACUCGACAUGCUAAUAUUCAGACCCUGCGUCAAAUGUUUCCCGCUCUCGACGAAGACGUCGUCGAGGCUAUCCUCGAUGCCUGUAGUGAUGAUCUUGGAGCGGCCAUUGACCGUAUGUUGGAGAUGUAA